AAGAAACAGAAAAGAGAAAGAACUGAGGUACAGACAAAGAGAGGCUUUACUGCCACGCUGUUUCUCACAUGACAGAGCAACAUCACUUAGAAUAAAGUUGGCGGGAGUAUUUUUAAUCCAUACACUUGCCUUAUGAUUACAUGAAGAUUUCUUUGAGAAAAGAAGCAUGUCAGGAAGCUCUGGAUGCCCUUUUUCUGUCUGGGCAAUUCUGGCCUUCUUGGGUUUAGCUCUUGUUGUAUCGCUGAUCUUCAAUAUUUCCUGCUAUGUGGAAAAGCAGCGACAAGGUAUAACAUACAGGUUCUCUGAUGACUACAUUUCCCGGGAGGAUGAGUAUUACAUUGAAGACACACCCAUUUAUGGUAACUUAGAUAAUGUGAUCCCAGAACCAAUGGAUGAAAACUGCUAUGAGCAAAUGAAAGCCCGACCAGAAAGAUCUGUGAAUCAACUGCGAGCAGCUCCCACACCUGCACAGGCAACCAAUGAAGCACAGAUGUUCUACUCCUCCCUGGAGCACAGCCUUGAGGGGAAGCGCAGAAAGCCCAGGAAACACGAUCCUUAUUUGCCAGACAAGGUUGAAGAUGAGCAGUUACACGCGACGGAUGCCAGCCUUUCUAUGACUGCUUUGGUUGAUAGUUUUGCACCUGAGGACCAGGAAGAAGAGGAAAACAUCCAUGAUGAUCCCAUCAGGCUGUUCGGAUUGAUUCGUGCGAAGAAAGAACCUAUGAACUAGCUGGACUCUGAUCUAGCUCAAUGAUUCAGCUCUUAUUGGAGAUCUUUGUCAAAGAAAAUGAAAUUCCCAUAUGACACACUGUGAUUUAGCUGGGUGACAGCCUGAUCGUUUGUUGGUGAGAUGGUGACUUUCCUCUUAUCCAGAGUGUCCGUUUGUACACGCCAAAUGUAAUGCCAGGAAAAUUAGUUAUGUGAAUUCACUUAAAAAUGCCUAAGUAGCAAAAUGCAAAAUAAAAUCUAGUUUGCAAAUUGAGCCUGAUAAUGAAUAAAGUCACAACUUCACGGACAAUACUUAAAACUCAAUGAAAUAAAACAAAAAAAAAUUUUAAGAAAAGCUGUGUUCUGGAACAUGUUGAAAGAAAAAUAAAAGUCAACUUUUUAAAAACAUUUCUUCUUUUUCAUCAAUGUGAAACACUCCAUAAUUGGAAGAAAUUUCUGAUUGAAGGCGUGGGAGACAUUCAAAUAUAUUUCUAAGAGAAGUGGGAUAAUCUUCUUAAGAAAUACUUUUCUCAAAUGGAAAUAUCUUUAUUAGUUUUAAAAAUUGUUAUAAAAUUAGCGCAUGCUCCUUGUUACAAUAAACAAGUAUCAAAAAGAAUUUAGAUAUUCAACUAGCCAGAGAUAAUCACUAUGAGCAACUUUCUAUAUAUCCUUCUAGAUAUUUUUCUGGGUAUGCCCGUGUAUAUACAUUAGUUGUUUCUUUUUUUUUUUUUACCAAAAAUAGGGGAUGAUAACCUUAUACAUAUUAUUUAAACUUUUCUCACCUAACAAUAUAUUCUGAAUUUAUUUUCACUGUUAUUUUCAACUAUAACUAAAUGCAGUUAUAUGCUGUCAUUUAACGCCUGCAGAGCAUCUCGUUAAUGACUCAGAAUUUAUUUAAAUAAUUUUAAAGUACAUUUAGCUCAUUUCCAAUUUCUGUUUCUUGCUUUUACAAAUAAUAUUGUCAUGAGAAUGCAUCUGCGCGUGUGUUUGGGUGCUUGUCUAACUACUUCUUUAGGCUAAACGCCUAGGAAAGGAACUGCGGCUUUAAAAGGUGUAUACUGUGAGUCUCUAGAACACGCAUUGCUGAAAGGUCAAGAGUUUGGUCAAAGUGUGUGUCCAAUUUAAAUUCUGAUAAAUGCUCCUAAAUUCUCCUCCAAAAAGUUAUUUAAAAAAAAGUUCUGUUAUCUUUGUCCAUUAUGAAUAGGACUUUUAAUUGAGUCUCAAAUCCUCACUGACUGAGACAAUAGUACAUGUCAACCAUCAGUGCUGGCCUCUCUCUAGAGGUUAGUGGAUUCUGUUCACUCUCUUCAACUCUUUGUUGAGCUCCUGCUGUAGUGUGGCACUAAGUUGGACACUGGUGUACAAUCGUGAGGGAAACAGACAGAGACCCUGCCUCCACUGAAAUUACAGACGAGUGGAACAGUUGAAUAUCAGGUUAACAAAGAAAAGGGCAGCUACCAGUAAAAAAAAUACUAUUAAGAAAAUAGAAGAAUGAAAAAUAAUGAUGGGGAAAGGGCAUCUCUGAAGAGGAAAUUUUAAUUCUGAGAACUGAACAAUGAGAAGGAGCCACCCCUGCAAAGAGAGAGGAAGGAAGAGCACAUUGCUGUAUAAGAAUUCGAUCCAUAUUUGGAAAUACCUACUUUUGUCAAUAACUCCUAUCCAUUAUGAAUCUGUAUAAAAUUAAAUGCCAAUGCCAAAGUAAAAUAUUUGAAGUUAUCCACAAUGCCAUAGGAAACACACAAAAAUAUUAAUAUCUAAGGGUAGAAGAAAAGGAAUUAGUUUUCUGAUUCUAGAGAAGAGGCAAAAACCACAAGAAAUAAUAAUUAAUUAAGAAUUAUAUGUUGACUUUGUUUUAAUUUUCAAAUUAAAAUAAAAUCUCUGCUUUUAUAUGUGUUUAUA